CUGAACCAACACACAUUUGUGUCACCCAAACAAACAGCCCUUUAACAAAAGGAAAAUGAAAAGACACCAGAAUAUCAUUGUGGCCAGAGAGUAAACAAGAAGGGACGGCACCAAGUGGGGCGACUUCAGCAAUCUUCCAUCAAGUCACGUGAAAGCCGGAGGGUACAAAAAUCCGACAACGCCGCUAUACUUGUUUGAUGGACCCACAAAAGAGAACGGAUGGCUCAUUUAGUGAGACACAGAAGUGGAAGUGAGCAAUAGAAAAAAGAAAUCCUUCCCCUCAUCCACGAGCAUAGAAAGUGAAGUGUCUCUGGACUUCUUCUAUUCCUGGCAAUAAAGGGAAAUGUCAGAUGGCCGUGAAAUAACAGAAGCAUUUCAAGCGGAGAGAAGCACGGGAGAGCCAUCAAACAUGGGGUUUAGUUACGAGAUGAAGCUGCUUGUUUUCAUGUGUGCAUUUCUACAAAUAAGUGGCCAAAACCCUCUGCGCCACUGGACUCUGCUGCCAAACGUUCUGGUCGUGGAAGUGAACGGCACUUUGGGCCAACAGCCAAUCACCUGCCUGGAGCUACCGGAAGACGUCGAGACGAGAGGCAACCACAUCCAGGAUAUCUUUUGGAAGAAAAACGGGAUGGUGGAGGCGCAGAGAGGCAACUUGUACCUGGUGCCGUUAGUGGAAAGCUUAGGAGGAGGCAACUACACCUGCCACAGCCGGGAUGGAUCACUCCUAAAUCACACAGAGGUCCUGAUCCAGCUAGUUGAAACCAAGAGAAAGAGAAUUCUUGUUAAAGACAAGCAAGAAGAUUAUUUGAAGUGUUCCACUCAGAACUACAACGGGGAGUUUCACUGUUCCUGGACAUGGCACAGCAGUCGUGUUGGCAAAGCCGCAUUUAUCAAAGUUCAACGACUCACUUACAUUGCCAGUGUUUCGGAUGACCACGACAGCCAAUGCUCCGCAGACCCUGGACGGCGCCACUGGACGUGCUCCUCAGCUCAGAGUAACUUCAGCUGCUCUGUGGACGACAGCGGGUCCGGUGUGUCCUGCCUGGACCGGCAGCACUGCCCAUAUGCCGAGGAGCAGCAGAUCCACGUCACGGUCUUUGUGAGGACGGACGACUUUCUGCUGGAGAGCUACUCUAAACUGUUUUACUUGGCGGAAAUAGUUAAACCAGACAAAGUGAAGAUUGGCAAGGUCAACAAGACGGUGGUGGAGUGGAGCUACCCGAGCUCCUGGAACACGCCUUACUCCUAUUUCCCUCUCACGUUCCAGAUUUCACAGCUCAGGGGUCGAUGCAGAAAGUGUGAAAGCCCGUGCACAGACCUAAAACCGUCAAAAGCCUGGACCGUGCACUCCACCGACAUCUGCCAGUUUAAAGUGAAGCACAAAGUUAGGGCUGUCUGUGUCAGAGCGAAGGAUGCCCUUUGUGACUCGCAGUGGAGCGAAUGGACCCACGUCAGAUUGAAGAGAGGUGGGAAAAACAGAAAGAGGAAACAUCGGUUUUCUCUCUAACUUGAUGAAGGAAGAUUCCAGUGAAUGUCAUAUACUGUUUUUUUCUGCCUUUUUACUUAUUAUAUGAUGCAGUGCU